AUUACCUCCGUCCCAGCAACACGCAUCAGAAACAGGUUGAGAUGUGGUGCAGGAGGCAGGCUGCGGCUGCUAUGCUGCCUUUUCUUCUGGUGGGCUGGCUGACCGGCGAGUCUUCUGAGGCUCUCACCACAUUUGGGAAGAGUAACACACAACCGCCAAAGGAAGUCGUACCCACAGCGCCGCCUGCUCGAGCAUGCGGCAAGCCGUCUGACUGCGCUGGCAUCAGCAGCAGCUCCUGUGUCCGAACCCACUACGACUCCACCACCAGAUGUCUCUGUGGGGACAACUCGCCACCGGUCAACGGGCAGUGCGAAGCGCAAACUAAAUCUCUCUACCACAUCUGUAGCAACAGCGACGAAUGCAACGAUGGGCUGGUCUGCGCGACUCCAAACAUCACGGGCACCCCUCCCCCUCACCUCCGAAUGUAUCUGACGACCGAGCGACACACGAUCUGUCAGUGUGACGCAGAAAACGGGUUCAGGGAGCACGAACACUCUUGCAGUGAUGCUAUCAUAAAGCUGAAUAUACUCAGAAGACAUAACAGGGCGACCCUGAUGGAUCCAAAACAUACAGCGGUCGAAGGCGAUGAGAGAGCCGACAGUCCAGCGAGACAAGAGUCAGAAGCGACCCCUAUUGGGCCUGAACUGAUAGUACCGAUAGUACACAUGGCCACGAGGCAAUACGUAUCCAAGACGCAGAAGCAAUGGGAAAGCAAAAACGAUGCUGACAUACUGAAAACUUCAGUUUUCGCCGUGAUCAUCGUGUCCUGCAUAAGAAAAAUCCUCGUUUACUAAGUUUCUUAAUUUUUACUCAAAAUCAUUAUUAAGUUACAAUUGAAAUAAAAAAGUUAUGAUUUCUUAGGUUGUUGUGCAUUUUAGCAGUGUGAUAUUUAGUAAAAAAUGCUUGAUUAUAAAAGAGAUAGUUAAACUAAUUCUUGUUAUUAAUUAACAAACAUUAAAAUCGAUACAAAGUUUAAAACUAGUUGAGCAAUUUGUCAUAUAAUUUAUAAAUUGUUAGUGUUUCAUAGUUUUUGCAAGUUGUAGUACCUACCUACUUACAUUUUAGUGUAUUAAGAUCAAGUACAAUUUAAAAUCAUUCCUACUCAAUUCAUAUUGUGAUAGAUUUUAGUAGAUUUAAAACACUAGAGCAAGUGAUUAAGCUCUAAAUUACAUUUUUCAUUUACCUAAAUGCAUCUAAAUACAUUUUAAGCUUUAUUACGUAAUCUUCUUAAUUAUACCAAAAUUUAAAACAUUAAAGGUUUUCAAAUGCUA